GAAGGAAUGGUGGCGCCGGAAAGUGACCGUAGGGACAGUCAUUUACAUUCUCAGCGUUUCUCUUUUUGGUCCUCAAAUCUUCACCUACAAGAUCUUCUUCCCUCAAUCUCCGAUUUCAAAUCUCGCUUCUCCGUUCAAGCAACCUCCGAAUUCGUAGAGUAUAACCAGGAAUUAGUAGUCGGAGAAGCGAUUUCUGCUUCGAUCUCUAAAUCCGAAGUUCCGAUCUGACGAAAUCUAGGGUUUUCUCAUCUGGGUCGAAGUUAAAGUGGAAAAAGGUUUCGAAUUUGGCGUUAGAAUGGCGGAAUCUGGUGGAAGCUGGCGAGAUUCUUAUAAAGGAAUGUCGUCUGAUAACAUCAAGGGUUUGGUUUUAGCAUUGUCUUCUAGUUUGUUCAUUGGUGCUAGUUUCAUUGUUAAGAAGAAAGGGCUUAAGAAAGCUGCGAGCACUGGCACUAGGGCAGGUGUUGGUGGGUAUUCUUAUCUCUACGAGCCCCUUUGGUGGAUCGGCAUGACGACAAUGUUACUUGGUGAAAUUGCCAAUUUCGCUGCUUAUGCAUUUGCGCCGGCUAUACUUGUCACUCCUCUAGGUGCUGUCAGUAUCAUUAUCAGUGCUGUCUUAGCUCAUAUUAUAUUACGGGAAAAACUACACAUCUUUGGAAUUCUUGGCUGUGCCUUAUGUGUUGUGGGUUCCACAACUAUUGUCUUACAUGCCCCUCAAGAACAAGAAAUUGAUUCUGUGAUUGAAGUUUGGAAUCUUGCAACAGAACCAGCCUUCAUGUUCUAUGCGAGUCUGGUAAUUGGGGCUGCUGUAUUUCUCAUUAUCCGUUUUGCCCCCCUAUAUGGGCAAACAAACGUAAUGGUUUAUAUUGGUAUUUGCUCGCUUGUGGGAUCAUUAUCGGUCAUGAGUGUAAAAGCACUUGGAAUAGCAUUAAAGCUGACAUUUUCUGGAACAAAUCAGUUAUUUUAUCCACAAACAUGGAUAUUCACCUUGGUCGUACUUACCUGUGUGAUAACCCAAUUGAACUACUUAAACAAGGCUCUUGAUACAUUCAAUACAGCUAUAGUAUCCCCUAUAUACUAUGUGAUGUUUACAUCUACUAUUUUGGCCAGUGUCAUCAUGUUUAAGGACUGGGAUCGACAAAACGGUACUCAAAUUGUUACAGAAAUGUGUGGAUUUGUUACAAUACUUUCAGGCACUUUUCUUCUCCACAGAACAAAGGAUAUGGUCGAGGGUUCAUCGGUAAUAUUACCGUUGCGGAUAAGCAAGCAUAUAAAUGAGGAAGAAGGCAUUCCACUUAGACGCCAAGAAUCUCUCCGGUCACCUUAAAAGCUUCUUCACUUUGUUUUCUGGUUCACUGCGAUAACUGCAAACCAGAGAGUCAACCUCUUUUCCUUAUCUCGACCUACUAUGAACAUGGACCAUGGUUCUGUCUAACACUUACAAAAUGGUUCUAGAAGAUUGAAGAAGGAAAGAGGAGCAAGAGGACGAGAUCUCAGAUGAGAUCAUCUUCUUCUCCAAUAUCGGUAAAUAUGCUGUGAGUUCAAGCACACGCCAUUAGCACACACCCACGCGUAAACCCUUUUGUGGCAUUUAAAAUUCUAUAAACAUGAGAUGGGUUUUGCUUAAAUUGGUCUUACAAGCAUCUAUAACUAAAGACUUCAAUUCAAGAUUUGCAUUUUUUUUUAUAUUGAAUCUUCUAUUUUUCUUC